CAGUGUCAUUCGUAACGUCAACGCGAGUGGUUGUCGCGGCCACGCGCUCUUUUACGCGUUGUUAGUAAAUAACUGUUGACAAUUUAAUAUCAAUUGUGUGUGCUAGUUUGUGUUUCGUUGGAUUGCUCAACGUUCUAUACGCAGCUAUGAAACUAAAGCAUUAAACAGUAUUAAAGUGAUUUCAACAAGUGACCUGUGAUCUAAGUGAAAUGUGUCGGAACAGCAGUGGACUGAGAUAGUGAAGAUGUCAGUGAGGUGACUAUAGACAAUAGCCAUUCGGCUUUAGUGUUAGUUUAACGAAAACAUUCCACUGUUAAAAAUUUUAAACCAGGGCCCGGUGGACAAAAGCAAGGAUAACUGCAAAAUGACCAAGGGCCCUCGGAAAGUGAAACUAGUCAUUGUAGUCAACAAUAAGAAAGACCCGCCUACAUUCAAAACAUUAACGCCGACAUCGCGCACGCAACUCAAGCAACAGUUGAUGCGAGAACAUGCGCAGGAGCAACUACGCAGAGAAUCAUUACAGGCGCAGCAAGCAGGUCAAUCAAAGGAUGAUGGAGAGGAGAAGAAGAAAUCAAGCCCAACGGAGGUGCCGAGGAUCACGCCACACGUGGAAUUGCCGCCACAGGUGUUGCAGGUGCGGACAGUUCUGGAGAAUCCAACCAGGUAUCACGUGAUCCAGAAACAGAAGAGUCAGGUGCGACAAUAUCUCAGUGAAUCGUUCACUCCACAAGGACAGGUAUCUUCAAAUGGUCGAAGUGCCCCCAUCCAGUCCGCCCCAGAAAUGGGGAGACGAGCAAACUCCCCAGACAGAGCCUCAUCAAGUGGACUCAUGAGUCCUGGGAUGUGCUCUGGUGGUGGUAACUCUGAGGCGGAUGAAUUCCUAGAAGACAUUUUAUCGUUAGAUGGUGGGGGUGGACCCCUCUCAUCAUCAGAGCCAGCCUCUACAGCCAGCUCUGUGGCUGGUGAUUGUGGCCUACUUUCUGAUGCAGACAUGCACGCCUUGGCCAAGGAUAGACAGAAGAAGGAUAAUCAUAAUAUGAUCGAACGCCGCCGUCGAUUCAACAUCAAUGACCGUAUAAAAGAGUUAGGGACACUUCUACCCAAAAAUAAUGACCCAUUCUAUGAAGUGAUCAGGGACGUGAGACCGAAUAAGGGCACGAUACUAAAAAGCAGUGUGGACUACAUUAAAUGCCUGCGGGACGAAGUGAAUCGAUUGAAACAGAGCGAGCAAAGGCGGAAACAAAUUGAACUGCACAACCGGAAGUUAAUGUUGAGAAUACAAGAAUUAGAGAGAUUAGCAAAAAUGCACGGUCUGCCCGUCUCCAGCGAUGGCUGGUCAUCACCUCACGCUGAAGACUCUGGAGUCGAUACAGCGCAUUCGGAACCAUUCGCAUCACCUGCUAGAACACCCCUUCACAACAUAUCACAACAAAGCCUGAUAAGCCAGGGCUGGUCGUCACCCCACUCCACUGACUCCGGGGUCAAAUCGACUCCAGAACCUUAUGCUUCCCCACAAAGGGUUCAAGCGGAGAUAAUGGUCCCUAAAACGGAGCCAGCGCCCCUUAUGGAGCUAAGCGAGCCCCCUCCGGACCUUUUGAGGGACACGCCCGCCGAACCACUUUCCGCACUAGAUGCUUUAGAUGGCCUAAAACUGGGUUCCUGCUCUCCACUAAGUCGAUCUGAUGGCCUGUCCUUAGACUGUCUGGAACCUGAUUUAUGCCUCGAACCCGUGACGGACCAUCUGUUUAACCACAAGGAUAUUAAGAUGCGUCUAUCACCACCACCAAGUUUGUUAAGCGGCGAAGAAAGUGAAGCUGUGUUGAAUCUUGCGCAGAUCGAAGAUCUUAUGGAUGAUGACUCACACAAUCCAGUCACUACGGGCGAUCCCAUGCUUUGCUCAUCUCCAACGUCUCAACUUGGAUUAAGUUCAGCCGUGGCUGAUGCAGCAGACCGAGCGAUGUUGCACAUAGACCUCUCGCACCAUCAUAAUGAUUCUUCCCUCCUCGGCGAGUCUUCCCUGGUUGGCGUGGGAUUAGGAGAUAGCUCUCUCCCACUUCUUUUGGGACAUCACCACGCGCCACACCAUUCCAACUCCCACGCCCAUCACUGCUUUGACAUGGAUCUAAGUGCGUAAUAAUAAGCCUGCCUUAAUUACCUUUUGGGAGGAAUGGCCUUCACUAGACGGAUGACGGCCUUUUAAAGGCGAAUAAUGGCCUUUACUAAAACUUUAAUGACUGUGCAACGGCCUUUUGAAUGCAUAAAAUAUUAAGUGUUAUAGAAAUCUAUGAAUUAUAUUUACGCUCAUUGUGAUUUUUGUGCCUUCAUACGAAAGAUUUAAAGUAUUUUCAACAUUCACAAAUGUAAUUUAGGACAAUAAAAAUUUAUAUUACUUAUAAAAACAUUUAAACAUAGCUUAUAAAGCUCAGUGAAAUCGGUACAACAUAUAUAUUAUAUGCAAAUAUAUGAUGCAACAUAUCCCUAUUCAAAAAAACUAUAUCAGUUCCAACAGUCUUUAAUAAAUAAAUCAAUGUGGAUUUAUUUAUUAAAGACGUCUUCUUUUAACACACUACAAAUACAAUUUGUGAGAAAGAGACCAAUAUGUGUUGAACUGAUUCAGGUUUCAUAAUAGUUUAAGAGAUUUUAGAAUUUUGAAAUUUUAUCUCAAAAUUAUUAUUUUUUGACAGUUUACAUAUUAAACAAAAUAUUGGGAUCAAAUCCCUGAUAAAUACUAUUGGGAUAAAAUUCCAUUUAUUGAUAAUAGGUGCAAUAUUGAACUACAUUUGUUCAUUAUAAAUAAUCAGAAUAUUAUUUUUGUAUGGAUAUUAUUAUAUGUAUAUUUUUCUAUACUUUAUACAAUUUGUACAUAGUUUAAUGUGCUCAAUGUGAAGGUGCCUUAAUCGAGGUGAUGAACCAGCUCUGAUGUUAUCACAAAGACGUUUUCUACACGUUAUAACUGUAAUUGUGUUUGCCAUUAUGGAGUUACCAGCGUUAUUAUAGUUAAUUUUUAACUUGUUUGUACAGAAGAAAUAUUUUCGAGGGUAGAAAGAUUUUUUAAAUUUCGUCUACCUACACAAUUCGCUUUCAUGAACCAAAUACGUAAAAUCUCUUUCCACUUUACUGAAGCCCGAAUUAAAUAACAUGUCUCAAGUCGCAAUCUAGUCUUGAGCACUGUCUAAACUGGUAUAUACCAUAAGAUUUGAUUCUAUGUACCUUAACAAAGACAAUUUAAGGGCCUAUUUAU